AUCAUUCAAUCAUGGGUUUACUUUCGUUUGCGCUUCUUGCGCCUUCUCUACUUGCUGCUUCAGUCUACGGGCGAUUCGUCAUCUACGCAGACGAAUGGCAUCCCACACGUCCAACAACCCCAGAAGAUCGGGCCGGCAUCGACCAUGUCGUUCUCGCAUUCGCCAUGGCCAACAACACCGCGGCGUUCCAGCCAAAGGUUCCCAUAUCGACCAUUAGGUCAGAGUACCCGAGUGCAAAGGUGAUGAUUGCGGUCGGAGGAUGGGGAGACACUAUUGGUUUCUCCCAAGCUGUCAAGACCGAGGCCGGCAUUACAAAGUUCGGGACUGACAUUCAGACAAUGCUUCAGAACACUGGGGCUGAUGGUGUUGACAUCGAUUGGGAAUACCCGGGGGGCAACGGCGCCGACUACAAGCAGAGUCCAAACUCUGAGAAGGUGGGAGAGAUCGAGGCAUAUCCCAAGCUUCUUCAGUCCAUUCGGAGCGCCAUAGGCAAGGACAAGUUACUGUCUAUCGCCGUACCGGGGAAGAAAAUUGAUAUGAUCGGAUACACAGAAGAAACUGGUCCCUUGAUCUGGCCAUCCGUGGAUUACAUCAAUGUCAUGUCCUACGAUCUGAUGAACCGACGAGAUACGGAAACAGCACAUCACACAUCUGUCAAAGGUGCCGCCGAGGCCGUCGAGAACUACCUCAAGAUCGGAGCACCAGCGGAUAAGAUCAACCUGGGAUUCGCAUUCUAUGCAAAGUACUUCACCACGCAAGGUGACUGCACCGCUUCUCCCAUCGGCUGUGCCAUAGUCCUUGCCGAAGAUCCUGUUACGGGCGCUGACGCCUUGACAUCUGGGGCCUGGACGUUUGAGCGACAACACAUGCAGGCUUUCGAAGGCGCCGACUUGGCCGUCUCCCAAGACGGGACUUGUGGCCCUGAAAAGAUGACCAAAUGCGCCUCUGGAUGUUGCUCACAGUACGGUAACUGCGGUGUUUCUAAGGAACACUGCAGCGGGGCUUGCCAACAUGCAUUCGGCGUUGGCUGUACGGACAACGACGUCGCCGGAUCAUGGCAGCUUGCCGCCCAGAAUGGUGUCACUGAUGAGGAAGAAGGCGGACAGUACUUCUACGACAAGGCCAACAGCUUGUUCUGGACUUGGGAUACGCCCGAGCUUAUCACGAGGAAGUUCAAAGACAUUGUGAGUACUUAUGGUUUGGGGGGUGUCAUGGCUUGGAGCUUGGGAGAGGAUAGCAACGAUUGGAGCCAUAUCCACCAGAUCAGUAAGGACCUCAGCGAGGUAGGAAAGAGCGCUGUCGAUGUCGUACUGAAUGAUGGUUCAAAGCCGACCACUGGCAAGCCUGAAUGGGCUGGUCUACCCGCUGUGCAGAAGGAGGACGACGCUGAAGAGGAUUUGGAGGAGCCCGAGGAGGAUCUGGAAAACGUAACUGAGCCCGAGGCUGAACCAGAAACCGAAGAAGAGGAGGUGGAAGAGGAAGUUGAAGAGGAGCCAGAACUAGAGGCAGAUAUUGUACCAGUGCAGAAGCCGAAGCAACCGCUGAGACCCGGUCUCGGUUCACGUCCUCUGACAGUACCAGUCCAGAGCACUUCCAAUCGACCAUCCCAGAACCCGGAAUGGAACGACGUCGAUGAUAGUGGUAGCUGGGAGAAGGACCCCGAGAGCGACAAUUCAUUCACCACCGAUCGCGAUGACUGGUUCGAGUUCAACGAGGAGAACUGGGGCGUGGAGCGAGUGCGAGCUUGAAUGGUUUCUCACCAAGCCGACCCAAUCUGCGUGUGUAAAAGUUCCAAGGUGGAGGUGUUGUCGCGCAAUUCUUGCGCAUUCUUGUUGGAGGGACAGUUGUUUUGACUCAACAUUUAUUAAACCAAGGUAGAAAUAUGACACCAAAAAUUUGUUCUAGAAAUUGGAUCGAGC